CCGGUCAAGUAGGUUGAACAUAUCGGGAAAUGAUGUCGUGGAAAGUAGAGGUUGCCAUUUGUUUGGCUGUAUUGUACAUUGGAUGCGUUUUGGCGGCUCCAAAACCAAUCCACAACAGUCAAGAACUGACACAUAAGUUCUCCGAAUUCCUUAAACAAGACAAGGAAUUUAAUGCAUUAAUUGCAAAGGGUGCGGUGGUCGAAGAUGAGCAUCUCCGGUUAAAAAGACAAUCUGACAUCUCUGUGGAGGGGGUCGACGUCGGAAUGGAGGACGAAGGGGAGAAACCCGGGUUUUUCGACAAGGCUGCCAAGUUCAUUACUGAAAAUUGUAAUAGACCAAAUGACUUGAUCACCAAAGAGGAACUAUGCUGGAAAUCAGAGGUAGAAUUGGUUGAAAGAAUACAACAAACAUCUAAAAGCGUUUUAAACUUUGCCAAAAAAAAGUUGGGAAUGGAAACCGAAGAAACAAAUGAAGAGCAAAAAUGUACUUAUUACCAAUGCAUUCUAGCUAAACUAAAGCUUAUAAAUAACGGUUUUCCUAUUUACGAGAAUUUCGAAAAAUGGAUUGAAAGUGAGGUGAUAUAUGAACAGGCUAAACAAUUAUUAAAUCAAUUAAAUAUUUGUAAUGAAGAACUAUCUAGGGCAACAGGAUUAGAGAUUAAUUUUAAUGGCGAUUUUCAAUCAAUGAACACUACUAAUGAAGAAGGUGUACAGAGAACAUUUCAAACUGAAUGUGAUUUGGCUGCAGAAUUUUUAAAAUGUCUUUCACACCAAGAAGGGUGUCCAGUUUUUGUAUACCCCUAA